AUGCAGACACCAGUGGCCAAGCUGGGGAAGAGGUCGCCCCCCAAAUGUCACAAAUCUGGGACCCCACAGGGCACAACUCUUGAGAGCGCCACCAACGACGACUGGGAGCACAUUCGCGGAGCAGUGUGGAAUGACGAUCCUGAUUGUCAACUCUUUUCAGACACUCACGACUCAAAUCAUUCAUACACACUCGGCUUUGACUGGGCACUGAAGUUCAAGUCAGCGGAAAAAGAGUGGAACCCAAACAACCUCGGCUUCACUAGGAUGAAAAAUGUUACCGGCCGCUCACACUAUGGUGACCUUCAGUUUCUUCACUGUAUGGCAUCUGACAGAGAUGAGGAGCCUGAAGUCACAAAAGCAAAUAUCAUGACCUGGAUGGAAGUUAUGUAUAAGCUGGCAACUGGUGAAGAUGACAAGAUUACCCCCAGCACUGUGGUGUCACAGUCACCUCUUGGCGUUUUGUUUCCUGACGAUUCUCUCCCGCCAAACUGGCUGUCUCUUGCCUAUCUAUUGUCCAAGGACUCCAAGUUCAAGGGCCUUGACAUCGGGCGACGCGCACUCGGCAGUAUGUUCCAUGUUAUCCAAGAUUCGUAUGCUAUUGGCCAUGCAAAGCGUGAACUACUGAACGAGAAAGACAAGGUAUCAGACGAAAAGAAGCUGGAGGGCAAGAAAUGGGAGGGCGAUGAUGGAGGUUACCCAUCCGAGGCGCCUCUGCACAACGCCUACAAGGGAGAGUGCGACCCGCAAAGCCACCUAAUGCUGGUUGCUCAGCUUCGGCAGGGUCUCUUCCUCUCCAUUCCCUUCACUUACAACUGCCGUCUUCCAUCACAGGGUUACUUCACUCCGCUUCGACAUCCUCUUUCCACUUGCUUCAGGAACGAUUUUCCAUUUCAUACGAAGAUGGCUACUAUUCAAAUCAACGGCAACACGGCCAAUCUCGCAAAUUUGCCUGAUAGCGUGCCAAAGGAUGCAGAGAGCACCAAUUUUAUCCUUAUCCAGGGUCACAGUGACUUGACCCCUGGUCAAAAGCAGAAACUGGAGGACAGUAAAGUCAAAAUCCUGGAAUAUGUCUCGCGCAACACCUACCUAUGUCGAUAUGAGCCCAAAGACCUCAGUGCCAUUCGGGCUAUGGCCGCUGUCAAGAGUGUGAUUCCAUAUCUGCCCGACCUCAAAACCACCGUGACUCUCAAGGAACUUAUAGAGAGGGACAACAAAAAGACUCGCUAUGAGGUAGACUGUAUCCUUCAUAAGAGCCCCAACGUCAACGCCAACAACCUGGCAACAUCAAUCGCACAGAAAGCCAGAGUAGAUUUACAAGAUCUUCAAAUCUCACCUUCAAUUAUCAGAGUCACCGUGCACCAAGAUGACCUCUCAGAGAUUGCGAAACUUGAUAGUAUUAGCAGAAUUGAAGAGGUGCGGCCAGUGGGGGUGCUCAACAACGAGGCGCGCGCAAUCCUCAAUGUUGAUCUCUUGACCUUGUCAAGCUCCUACGAAGGGGCUAACCAACGUAUUUGCGUUGCAGACACUGGCUUCGACCUGGGAAGGUCAAAUAGCGAGCCUGGCGUUGAAGUUCACCCAGCACUUUGUGGACGUGUUCAGCACCUAGACUCCGUCUGGCCCAACGACCCCAAAGACCGGAACUUCACAUUUGAGAAGUUCAUGGACGAAGAGGGUCAUGGCACUCAUGUGUGUGCAUCCAUCUGCGGAAGCGGUAUUUACACAAUCAAGGAGCCCGAGAACGGCACGGUUACAAUCAAAGUCAGAGGAACGGCGCCUGCCGCCACUCUUAUGGUCCAGUCCUUGAUGUUAUAUAAGCCCGCAGGGAGGUACUGGAAGAUGGAGACGCCAUUGGAUCUGGCCGCGCAGCUUUUCAAAAAGCCAUAUGACCUAGGAUUCCGGAUCCAUAAUAAUUCGUGGGGUAAGAAGUGGGAUAACGAAACAGGUCAGUUGGGCUAUGAAACCCAAGCGAAUGCCAUCGACGGUUUCGUCUACGAUCACCAAGACUUCAUUGUGUUAAUGGCAGCCGGUAAUAACGGCGAAGAAAACGAAUACAAAAGCCAGAUAGGAGCCGCUGCUGCUGCCAAAAAUUGCAUCACUGUCGGAUCGACAGGCUCAACGCGACAAAAUGAUGGGCAGAAUUUUAUCAAGGUUCAAGACGUUGGAAAUUUCGGAACACAGGUCAACGAAACUGCAGUUUUCAGUAGCCGUGGGCCAACCCUACGUAGAUCGCCGCAUGUGGACGGAGCCGACAAAACGACACCCGCCGUAGGUCGUAUCAAGCCAGAUAUUGUUGCACCAGGUGUUGCUGUCCUUUCAGCAGCCUCGAGAGCCUUGAGUGCACAAUCUCGCAAGAAGAACACAUGGAGAAUUUCGGAGGACAACGAUUGGAUUUAUGCCUCUGGUACAAGCAUGUCGACGCCACUAGUUGCAGGCUGUGUCGCUUUGCUACGUGAGGCAUUACAAGAGGGAGGCAAGCAGAACCCAAGCGCAGCCCUAGUGAAAGCUUUACUUAUCAACGGCGCCGUCAAUUAUUCCGAGAGUCUGGGUCUUGGCGUCGGCUACGACUAUGAACAGGGUUUUGGACGUGUUGACGUUGACAGUUCUAUCGCUAUGAUCAGACAGUCAUCGUUCAUGGAGGGCGGUAACGCCUUUGAAGCCACCCAAUUCGACGUGCCCCCUUUGCGACAGAUCCCAACGGCAGCCAGGAGAUGGGUCAGUCCUGAGAUACCUGUUCCUUCUGGUAGAAACCGUCUGGUCGUGUCUCUCGCAUAUCCCGAUCCAGCGUCCAUCUUCGGGGAACUGCAGAAUGAUGUCAACCUUGCUACAGACAAUGUUGAGAAGAUUAUUUGGGAGAAUGUCCCUGGAAAGACGUUCAAGGUUGUCGUUUCCAUAAACAACAACCUCAAACCAAAGGAUCCCGCAGCAUUCGCGGUCGCCUGGGAUAUUCGUCCUCUGGCGAGAUUGUAA